AGCUCAAGUUACACCUAACAGGGAUUAGGUUGGAUCAACCCAUGUUGCAACCCUAUCCAAACCAAAGGCAAAAGGGCCAAAACUAUCUCAAGUCUAAUACCAAAAUGGCGGGAAAAUGGCAGACAAGAUUUAGCGGGAAAACCUUACUCGCUUUGCGCGGGAAAAUCAUUGAGUCACCAUACAAAGCAAAGGUACUGCACUGCAGGCUGCAGCCAACACAGGCAAACAAGCGAGCAAGAAUGGUGGGUGUACCCUUUGAUUGUCUCACGAACCCUCUUGGAGUCGUUCGCUUGACCUUCGAGAAGGCAGUUUCAUUAGGUUCCGAUCCAGCAACAUUCGAUGGCAAGGACUGGGGCGCCAUUGAUCUUUUCCGGGAGUUCCUCUUCGACAAAGGCGGACUUUCUCAGGUUCCGAUCCUUGAUCACGCCAGUAUCAGAUGGAUUGAACCCAAUUCUCUAGUUCGCUUUAGGGGGAUGGUGCAAGACAUGCUUGGUAAUGAAUUCUAUGCUGGAGCUUUCAAGGAUGGCUCCACAUGGAGGACAAACAAGUUUACGGAUGUUGCUUCAUUCCCUAUGGAUUCAUCUACUGAAGUAAAAGUCUGGGAACGUCGUCUUUUAUAUUGUGUCCCAGUUCCAGCACAGAACUCGUGGACCCAACCACGUCCUUCUGAACCUGUGACAACCAGAAAUAAGGAUCAGGCAAUCCAACAUGGAGAAAAGCGCCUAAGAGAGGAUGAUGCGGCUACUCAUAGCAUGAAUUUGCAUGCUUCAGAACAUGAGUUGCACAGUUCACCUCCAUGCACCAAAAAGCUGUGUCAAGGUAUGCUUCCUUCUCAGCCACAAGGAUUAGUAGAUAACUGUUCUAAUCUGAGCAUGAUGCCUGAUUUUAACCAAAAUUCUCUCCCAUGUCUCGUUAAGAUAUAUGAUUCGCCAGAAUCUGAUUUGAAGCUGAAUGAUGUCUUUGAAUUUGUUGGUGUAUUCACUUUUAAUCCCGAACUUUCUGUUCAUAUAGAUGAAUCUGAUGAGUUCUCUAAUGGUCUUGAAGAUGCACUGGUCCACUUGCCUCCUAGUAAGGUGCCACGCCUACAUUGCUUUAUACAUAGAAAGCUUUCAAUUCACGAUUUCCUCAGUUUCCCCAUGAUUGAGCCAAUGCCACAUUUGGUUAGAGGGAUAAGAGAUGGUCUGCUAAGGCAUCUUACAUCUCUUCUUGGCAAUGAUGGAGUAGCAGCACAGUGCAUGUUGUUGCAUCUUCUCUCCAAGGUGCAUGCUAGAGUUGAUACUGUAGCAGUGGGGAAGCUGUCAUUAAACCUCACAGGUUUCACUGAAGAAAGUAUAUCUGUUUUCAGAAAUCAGCUUAAUCUUGCAAUGCAGAGCCUCCUACCUUUCACACAAGUAGUGCCUCUUACCGUGGAGUAUCUUAACAGUACCUCACUUGCCCCAAGAAAAGAUUACCAGACAAACAGGUUGGUCACUGGAGUUCUGCAGUUAGCUGAAGGAACGCACUUAACCAUUGAUGAGACUCAACUUAAAGCAGGGACCCUUAAUUCCACUGGAGUCGAGAAUGUGAGGUUGCUUAAGAAUCUAAUAGAGUGGCAGAAGGUAGACUAUGAUUUUGAGUACUACAAGAUGGAAAUGACCAGUGAUGUUCAGUUAUUGAUCCUCUCAGAGGGGAAGUCUAACAUCUUGCCAGCAGACUUGGUCUUACCUUUCUGUCCUUCUGCUGUAUGCUCUUGUGAAAAUGGUGGUACUGAAGUUCAACAAGGUUGGAGGUGGUAUUUGACUACUCUAAGGUCAUUGCCACAUUCUAUCAAGCCAGAAAUGCAGAAGAUAAUAGAAGAUGACCUGGUUGCUGCUCGGCAAGCAGAUAGGAGCUUAGGCAGCCAGGAUUUUAGCAGGUGGCUGACAAUGGCCCGUUUAAUGUCGGUGAGUUUUGGUGAAACCUGCUUGUCAUUGGAGCAUUGGCAAAUGGUCAGGGAAUUGGAGAGGUUGAGGAGGGAGAGAAUGUAAAAACGAGGGAUAUUGAUAAAAUUACGGGAGUCGAUUAGGGAUGUUGAUAUAAUUUUGGGAUUUAUGCAAGUUUUUCUAUAAUGUACAUGUAUCUUUAACUUUUCUAUUUGUAAUUAUGCAUUUCUGAAGUGCAGCCCAUUCUCAACCAUCUGGACCCUUACAAUUC